AUGAAGUCCGCUUCUUGGGCUCUUGCAGCCUUCUUAACAUCUGUUGCUGCAAAGUCAUGCUCUACAAAGCUCAUCGAAACCCCAUCAUUUUUGUCCACUGUGGCCACAAGCGUUGCCACUUCUACUGCAACCGUCACGGUGACUGAAACAGCUUCCUCAACCUGGCCUUGGAGCAAUCCGACCUACACACCUUAUGCAUCGGUGUCGCCUCUUCCAGAUGACAUUGACCUGUACACUGCCUAUGCUAAAAUCAUGGCGUCUACCGUGAACGAGACUUACGCCUGGUGGUAUAUGGGCCUCAGUACUGUUCUAGCUGGUGUUCCUGAGAUGCCUGGCCUUAAGUCUCAGACCAUCCAGGUGUUUAGAGUUCAACACUACAAUGAGAGCACAAUGCGUAUUGACUGGACUGAAAUGAUUGGCAUGGGCGACUUCAAUUCGAAUGAAUAUGCCACGAACUUUUACAACCCUCUCACUGGCGUAACGAACAAUUGGACCACAUACUUGAAUGACGGUCCAGCUUCUUGGGUUAUUACACGCAUAGACCGAGAGACAGUUAACUUCGAGCUCAUUCAGAGCUCGGCUACCGUUCUAAGCGCAACCAUCAACGGCGGGGUAUACGACGGCCGCAUCAUAAUCACACAUAUCGAGUCCAAGUACCGUCCUAGUACGACUCAAGCGGAUCUUAUAACCUACAUACAGUCAUCACUUCUCCCCAUUGGUUCUCUUGCUGAAGUGCGCAACAACAGCGUCACAAGCGCAAAAGGUACCGGCAUGUACUAUGCCUUCCUCAAUGGCACCGUCUCCACUAAUUUCGGAUACCCCAAUGGCACACAGGGUGACACGCACAUCACUGGUAACAUUAUUAAGGGUGGAAAGUCUGAAGCUAUCUACCCAUACUUGUGGAAGUCAUGCAAGAAGCAAUUCCCUUCGUACUUUAACAAGAAGGGAGAGUUGGAUCCUGAUUGGGACACUAUUCUUUCUGAAUAA